UGCAGCCACGAACACACCCACACCGACACCUCCAAAGCAGAAAAGAAGCUGCUCGUGAGCGCGCGCGCCCGCUGAGGUGAGCGGAGAUGACAGAAACACGCGCGUACGUGGAGUCUUCCGGAUCAUGAGAGACCCAAGAGAAAAUCUCCGGUUGGAUCGGGAGUGCGAGCACACUGAAGAAGAGGAGAGCGGGAGCAGACGGCGGCUGUUGACAUGGCGAGGAUGUCGGGUCGCCUCUCAGGGCAGCGCAGCAGGACCUCCCUCAGCCUGGCCGGGCUCAUGGCAUGUCUGGCUGCCUUGCUCGUCAGCACUGGGGUGAUUUACCUGUAUGUGGACUCCCUGCAAGGUGCUGCUGAGCAGGCCGGUUACCCCCAGACCUCCUGCAGACCCGGACACUUUAAAAUCUCCAACAUGAAGAGCUGCGCGGCCUGGCUGCAGUGUGCGCAGGUGCGAGCAGACGUGCGGCCGCUCAAGCUGAUCGGUCAAGGAGCCGUGAAGAAGGUGUAUCUAGCAGAGUGGAGUGGCCAAAAGGUGGCGCUGUGCAGACUGGCCUCCCAGGAUUACUUGGAGGACUUCCUGCAUGGACUGGGCAUGCUCCAGGCCUUGCAGGAUACGGCAGUGGUGCAGCUGGUGGGCCUUUGUGCAGAGGACCACAGCUUUGUGACGGAGUACCACCCUCAUGGUUCUCUCCUGAACCUGGAGGGGGUUUUCGCUCAGGAGCAGCAUCAGUUUCAUGACACGUGGCAGAUCCGUCUGAGGCUGGCUCUGGAUUACGUGUCCAUCCUGCACUUCCUCCAUAACAGCCCCGCGGGCCGGCGGGUCAUGUGCGACUCCAACAGCCUGGAGAAAACGCUCUCUCAGUUUCUGCUGACCAGCGACUUCCGGCUGGUGGUCAACGACCUGGACGCGCUGCCCAAGGUGGAUGUGGGCGGAGGCCUGCUGGUGAAGUGCGGACACCAGGAGCUCACCGGAGACUUUGUGGCUCCAGAGCAGCUCUGGCCUUUCGGCAACAAGCCGUUUUCAGAUGACCUCAUGCCCGGAUACGACGAGAAGACGGACAUCUGGAAAGUUCCGGACGUGACCCGCUUCAUCAUGGGAGGGGUCCGAGGAGGAGAUCUGGUCCACUUCCACCUCUUUCAGGUCCACAAUGAGUGCAAGAGGGAGGAGCCCAAACUUCGGCCCUCAGCCCUCGAUGUGUUGAGGGUGUACAGGUCUGUGUACAGCAUCAUGGUGCGAGACGCUUUGAAGUCCAGAGACGCGCUCUGAGACGGACACCAGCUCAGACCCGGAACACGAGGAACAGCAAGAGGCAGUUCUCGCUACCUCCUUAAGUUUGCUCUUCAAAUCUUUUCCGACGGAGAAAUCGUGGCGUUUGCUGGUAUGACACAGACUUCUCCUGACUUUGAAGUUGGAAAGUUGUAUUUGUAAAUGUGGAUCAAGCUCCUCUUGAAGAAGUUGGUCCUCAUCUGUUUGUGAGCCCGUUCAGAUGAUUUCUUGAGGUGUCCGAUUUUUCUGGCGACCACCAUGCCGACGGAAUAAUCCGGCGUCUUUCAUCCAAUAAGGGAUCGGAUUACCACGUGUGUCCACGUGUCUUUGUUUUUUUAUCGGUUUCACAUCAGCACACGUGUAAACCAAAUGCAGGAAACGGCGAUGUUGCGUUUCCAUGGCGACUGCUGUUUGGUCUUCGUGAUGCUGCAGAUAUUUUAGUUUAGUUCACUGAGGUCAGAGACACUGAAGUUUUGAAAGUAACAGGAAGUUGAAACUUGCAUCAUUACAACAAUCUGCCAAACAAAUCAGAAAAUGGACUAAAACACCUGGACUAGUAUUCUCCAACUAUCAUGUUUCCAGAGUCAUUUCUGAUUAUCAUUUGAUUACUUUCUGAUCAUUAUUUGAUUACUUUCUGAAAACUCCCAGUUAUCUGAUUUUUGUGGGCAUGUAAAUGGGCUCAAUGGAAGAACCCUAAAUGAUUUUAAAUUGAUGAAUGCAGUAAAUAAAGUCUGAAAAAAACAGA